AAGCUCCUCUAGAGAAUGCUGUCAUCUCAUUACUGUCUCUUGUGGACUGGUGGAAACUACCAAGAAGACAGGGGUUCCACAGAGCAGCAAAAAGCUACGUGGCUUAGACUUUUGUUGCCCUCUCAUCAAGAAUACCCUGCAAGCAUAUAGCCAACCAGGGCAUGUUACCUCCAGGCUGAAUAUCAGGAAGAGAACAAGAAGGACACAAAAGAGGGUCACGAAGCCAAGAGGGAAUGGCAUCUCAGGAGGACUAUGGAUCCAGGACUAAGGAGCAACUUGAUUUGGAGGCAUAUGGAGACUCUUCACUGAAACUGUCUAAUGUGUCACUUGCAAGUGGAAGCAGUAGCUCCUCCUCACCUGAGGAGGAGCCAGGAAGGACGGAGCCUGCAAAGCCACUCAUCUCCCACAAAGCUUCCCAUAAUUCGUAUGUGGAACUUCAUGAACUGGUCAUGGACAAGAACAAUGAGUUCCGCUGGAUGGAGGCUUCUCACUGGAUCAAACUGGAAGAGGACUUUGAGGAGUUGGGGCAUUGGGGGAGACCUCACCUUUCAUAUCUGACUUUCCAAAGCCUUCUGGAGGUGCGCAAGGCUUUUAGCAAAGGAACUGUCCUUCUAGACCUGCAAGAAAGGAGUCUAGCUGGGGUUGCCAAUCAGGUGCUUAGCCAAAUGAUCUAUGAAGGGAAACUCAAGCCAGAUGACCAAGAGGUGCUUUUAAGAACUCUCCUACUUCAGCACAGUCACCCUAAUGAAUCAGCUUCAUUAAACACUCUCUCACCUGCACGGGUGCAACGGACAGAUGCCAAAGACGCAGCUCAACCACUGUUGCAAGAACAUCGCCAAAUUGAGAUGAAGACCUUUUUUAAUGGCUCAGAGCAGGGAGAGUCAAGUAAUAGUGGUUUUAAGAAACAGCUGUUAGAUAAGAUCCCUCCUGACUCAGAAGCCACUCUGGGAUUGGUUGGCUGUGCCACCUUCCUGGACCAUCCCACUCUGGCCUUUGUACGCUUGAAGGAGGCUGUGGAGCUGGACUCUGUCCUGGAGGUUCCUGUCCCUGUCAGGUUCCUUUUUGUGGUUCUGGGCCCUGAUUCUCCCCACAUUAGCUACCAUGAAAUUGGGAGAGCCAUCUCAACCAUGAUGUCUGAAAGGGUAUUUCGCAAUGACUCCUAUUUGGCAGAAAGAAGACAGGACUUAGUCAAGAGUCUGGAUGAGUUCCUAGACUGUUGUAUUGUCCUCCCACCCUCUGAGAUCCAAAAUGAAAGACUUCUCAAGAUGCUGUUGCCAGUGCAGAAGGAUUUCCUAAGGAAGAGGUACCUCCCAGCAGAGAAGAAACUGGAAGAGGAGCCUCUGAAAGAGCAUGAAUUGAAAGGCCAUGACAUCAAACCAGAAGAUUCUGAUGAUGCCUUGCGACGAACCGGAAGGAUUUUUGGGGGGUUAGUGAAAGACAUAAAACGUCGGUACCCCAAGUAUCUCAGUGACAUCAAGGAUGCUCUGAAUCCACAGUGCCUGGCUGCGGUCAUCUUCAUCUAUUUUGCUGCCCUUUCUCCUGCCAUUACUUUUGGAGGCCUUCUUGCUGAAAAGACAGACCGCCUGAUAGGAGUCUCUGAGCUUCUGCUUUCCACCUCAGUUCAGAGUGGACUCUUUUGCUUGCUUGGAGCUCAGCCUCUGCUUGUAGUGGGAUUCUCUGGCCCCCUUUUGGUCUUUGAAGAAGCUUUUUAUACAUUUUGUACGAAUUAUGGCUUUGAGUACAUUGUGGGGAGAGUCUGGAUUGGCUUCUGGCUGAUACUGUUAGUAAUAUUGGUAGUGGCUUUUGAGGGCAGCUUCCUGGUGCGAUACAUCUCCCGCUAUACUCAGGAGAUCUUCUCAAUCCUCAUCUCCCUCAUCUUCAUCUUGGAAACCUUCUUCAAACUCAUCAAGAUUUUUAAAGAGCACCCUCUGAAAGAAGCAUAUAAAAACAUCACUCUUUCCAGAGAUGAAGAACCAAGUGAUCCUGCACCCAAUACUGCUCUGCUUUCUCUGGUGCUCAUGGCAGGAACAUUUUUCACUGCUUUUUUCUUGCGCAAGUUCAAGAACAGCAGUUUUUUCCCUGGCAGGCUUCGACGAGUGAUUGGUGACUUUGGUGUCCCUAUUGCCAUCUUCAUCAUGACAUUGGCAGAUAAGUUUAUUAAAGAUACCUACACUCAGAAAUUGAAGGUCCCCAAAGGCCUUCAAGUCUCCAAUCCUGAAAAGCGGGGUUGGUUUAUCCAUCCAUUAGGAAAUGGAUUCCCCAUAUGGAUGAUGUUUGCUGCAGCGUUGCCAGCUCUCCUGGUUUUCAUUCUCAUCUUCUUAGAGACACAGAUUACCACGCUGAUUGUAAGCAAACCUGAGAGGAAGAUGGUGAAGGGUUCAGGUUUCCAUCUCGAUCUCCUCCUUAUUGUUGGCAUGGGAGGUAUUGCACCACUUUUGGGCAUGCCCUGGCUGAGUGCCACCACAGUGAGGACUGUCACACAUGCUAAUGCUCUGACAGUUAUGUCCAAGACUACCGUGCCAGGAGAAAAGGCCUGCAUCCAGGAGGUCAAAGAACAGAGGGUGACUGGCUUCCUGGUGGCUAUACUUGUAGGCCUCUCCAUACUCAUGGAGCCCAUCCUGAAGUUGAUUCCACUUGCAGUACUCUUUGGCAUCUUCCUUUACAUGGGGGUGACAUCUCUCAGUGGGAUUCAGCUAUACGAUCGCAUCCUUCUCAUGCUGAAGCCACCCAAAUACCAUCCGGAUGUGUCUUAUGUUACAAAAGUAAAGUCCUGGCGUAUGCACAUCUUCACCCUCACCCAGAUUCUCUGCCUAGGAUUGCUGUGGGGAGUGAAAUCCAGCCCAGCCUCCCUUGCCUUGCCUUUUAUCCUCAUCCUGACGGUCCCUCUUCGACGCUUCCUGCUCCCUGUCAUUUUCACAGACCUUGAGCUCAAGUGUUUGGAUGCUGAUGAUGCUAAUGUGACUUUUGAUGAGACAGAAGGCCAAGAUGUCUAUGAUGAAGUCCAGAUGCCUGUUUGAGCACCCAGGGUGCUGCUGCCAUUAGUCAAAUGAGGAACCAAAAAUUCUUUCCAAAAACAUUGGACAACAUCAGAAUCUGGAGGAAGAUAUCCCUAUAUCUAUAUGAAUCAGAGUGUGUGUGUGUGUGUGUGUGUGUGU